UGAUGCGCCGACCUCUCUUCUGUCCCCAGGCGCCCACUCCCACAUCCGGGGCCUGGGCCUGGACGAUGCCCUGGAGCCCAGACAGGUCUCACAGGGCAUGGUCGGCCAGCUGGCUGCCCGCCGCGCCGCCGGCGUCAUCCUGGAGAUGAUCAAGGAGGGGAAGAUCGCGGGCCGGGCUGUCCUCAUCGCUGGCCAGCCGGGCACCGGCAAGACGGCCAUUGCCAUGGGCAUGGCGCAGGCGCUGGGGCUGGACACGCCUUUCACCGCCAUCGCCGGCAGCGAGAUCUUCUCCUUGGAGAUGAGCAAGACAGAGGCGCUGACCCAGGCCUUCCGGCGCUCCAUCGGCGUGCGCAUCAAGGAGGAGACAGAGAUCAUCGAGGGGGAGGUGGUGGAGAUCCAGAUUGACCGCCCGGCCACCGGCACUGGCGCCAAGGUGGGGAAGCUGACGCUGAAGACCACAGAGAUGGAAACCAUCUACGACCUGGGCACCAAGAUGAUCGAGUCACUGACCAAGGAGAAAGUGCAGGCAGGGGACGUCAUCACCAUCGACAAAGCCACAGGGAAGAUCAGCAAGCUGGGGCGCUCCUUCACCCGGGCGCGGGACUACGACGCCAUGGGCGCCCAGGCCAGGUACGGGCAGUGCCAGCAGGGGAGGGGGGAGUGGGGGUGCCCAGGGAUCUCUUCCAAUGCUGCGAGCUCCCUCCCCCGAGCCAGAAGCCCCCCGGUGCUGCGAGCUCCCCCCAGCAGUGCCCUGCCCCCUCCCUCCGCCCCCAGGUGCGAGGAGGAGGACGUGGAGAUGAAUGAAGACGCCUACACGGUGCUGACCCGCAUUGGGCUGGAGACCUCCCUGCGCUACGCCAUGCAGCUCAUCACCGCCGCCAGCCUGGUGUGCCGCAAGAGGAAGGGCACGGAGGUGCAGGUGGAGGACAUCAAGCGGGUGUAUUCCCUGUUCCUGGACGAGUCCCGCUCCACCCAGUACAUGAAGGAGUACCAGGACGCCUUCCUCUUCAACGAGCUGAAGGGAGACACCAUGGACACAUCGUGAUCCCACCCCCCUGCUGCUCCCCUCCCCCCGCCCCCAUCCAGCCUUUUCCUUGGUUUCUGAUUUUGUAAAAUAAACAUUUUGGAAAAAUC